AUGACAUCUACAGAUCAACCUAGAAAAAUCCUGAAUGUCGGCCUCAUCGGUUGCGGCGAGGUCACGCAGGUGGUUCAUAUCCCGACCCUCUCCCACCUCUCCGACUACUUUCGCAUAACAUAUCUAUGUGACGUCUCACCAUCCGCUCUCGAAUAUUGCAAGUCAAAGAUUGCCGCCGGAAAUGGGCCGGUCUUAACAACUAAAAAUGCCACCGAACUCUGCGCCGCAGAGCAGAUAGAAAUAGUCAUGGUUGCUACAGCAGACGAGUAUCACGCCGCACAUGCGAUCCUCGGCCUUGAGCAUGGAAAAUACGUAUUUCUAGAGAAGCCUUGUGCCUUGACAAAACAGGAUACAGAGGCCAUCGCAAAGGCCGAAAGGGCAAGCAAAGGAAGCGUCAUGGUUGGAUACAUGCGGCGGUACGCAGCCCCGUUUAACGAUGCGAUCAAUGAAAUAGGUGGACUAGACAAGAUCCUCUAUGCCCGGGUUCGAGAUAUCAUCGGACCAAACUCGACCUUCGUAAGCCAAUCAGGCACUUUCCCCAAGGUAUUCACAGAUAUCAGCGUGGAGGAUGCGGCAGAUAAGGCGUCACGAGCGCACAACAUGGUCGCGCACGCCUUACACACGGAGGCCGGUGGAAUCCAGACAACACCGGAGACCACACUAAUGUGGAGACUGCUUGCGGGCCUCGGCUCGCAUGACCUCUCUGUGAUGAGAGAAGCCCUUGGGAUGCCAGAAAAGGUGGUCGGCACGUCCCUUGGCUUUCCGUUUUGGAACGUAUUAUUCAAAUACCCUACAUUUACAGUAUCUUAUGAAUCAGGCAUCGACAACAUUCCACGGUUUGACGCACAUUUGGAAGUCUAUAGCAGCAACAAGGUCGUUCGUAUCCAGUAUGAUACGCCUUAUAUCAAGGGGCUACCUGUGACAUUACACAUUGCCGAGAAUAUAGAUGGUAUGUACCGAGAGAGCACCAUACGGAAAUCCUACGAGGACCCAUAUACCCUCGAGAUGAAAGAACUUUGGGCCUUUGUAUCUGAGGGUAAGCCAAUUAAAACGACGAUUGCAGACGCGGCACAGGAUCUUGAUCUAUUUGGCAUGAUCCUAGCUCAUGGGUACAGCUCGUAA